AUGCCCGUGACUCGCACCCAAUUGGCGGCCCAGUCUGCCGGCGGUGUAGGCUCAUCACGGCAGCAUCAUUCCGUCGCCGAUCCUGAACCCUCGUCCUCGACCCUGUCCUCAUCUGCAUCGUCAUCGUCCUCCUCCUCGCGCUCCUCAGGCCGGGCAACGCGGGCGCGGGCGCAGCGGCAGGUGCAGCAGCAACAACAGCAGCAAGUACAAGUCCAACAGCAAAAAACUCAGCAAGUGACAUCCCACCAUCAGCAGCAACAGCGAUCGCAGCCUCCUCGAAACGAUGGCAGCCUGUCUCCCAGCUCAGCCGCAGAGCUGUCCCCUGGCCCAGCGACACUGCUCCCGUCGGCGACAGGAGUGACAUCGGCGUCGCUGGCAGACUCCUCGCCCUCUGGUCUAGACCUCCAAGCCAAUCAAAAGGGCCCUAAUUCUCACGCAAAAGACCCGAUCGGUCUGCUUCCUUCGAACGACGCCGGUCAGGACUCCCUCAGUCACCAUCAUCAUCAUCACGGCCACCAGGGAGCUUCAUCUUCGAGCCACCAGCAGCCCCCUAAUUCAUUUGCUCACUUUUCUUCCGCCGGUCUCCUCGAUUUCUCUCCGGAUGGCUUUGGUGCUGCCGCUGCCGCUGCGGCGUCGGCCGCAAACGCCUCAACAUCAAGCCAGAACGACUCGCAGCUCGGCUUGGAGUCUUUCAAGGCGAGCGACUUGGGCCCCAACGACAUUCAAUCCCACCCAGCCUGGUCAGGAUUCAUGACUGACAUCUACCUGCAUGGCCACAGUCACUUUGGUGGAGCCUCUCAGAGUCAUCAUGUGCCAACGCAAAGCCCCUCCGCCAGCCAAUUAUCACCGUCGCAUGUCAACGACUUUCACUCCCUCGACGGCUCUUCUUCGCAGCAAAGGACGGCGUCGUCGUCUGCCGCGCACAUGGCGCAGCACCGCGAGGGUCACUACAUCCAAGGGGUCCAUACGAUGCAGCACGCAAGCAAUGCCUUGCCGGGUGCAGCUCAGGGGACACGAGCGCAGAUGCUUUCAGCUUCUGAAGGCGUCGACAUGUCGAGAGACUCGUCGUCGGGCAACGACAACGACACCCAGCGACGAGUCGCCAUGAAUGAGGCACACCAAGGCAUCUGCACGCCCCAGCACAGCGACAACCGACCCUUGUCAGGCUCUCAGCCCAGCCCCAUGGGCCACGGCGAAGGAGCACUGGGCCUUGCAAACGCACACUGCAGCAGUAACAGUGGCGAUGGCGGUGUGAAUGGCGGCACUGGCAAGGCUGACUUCAAUGCACAAUGGAACAUGAACCGGCCGCGUCAGCAGCAGCAACAACAGCAGCAGCAGCCGCAGAAACAAGAGACUCAGUCUGCGCCAAUGGCAUUGGACAGAUACCCUCAGGCUCCCACGACUGAGCUCUCACCGACGCCGCUGUACCGUCCGGGUCUCAACAUGAGUCACAGCAGCGGUGAUGGCAGCCCUGGAGCGAGUGGCCCAAUGGUCGUACGGGGAAACGAGCAAUCGAUGCGAGCUUUUCACCGGCAAGCUCGAAGCUUGGGCCAAGUGGGCGCCACCAUGACGACAUCGAGCAACGGUCUGCUUCACCUGGGAGGUCCCUUGACAUCCAUCAAUUCUUCUCUUUCAGACCGUUUUGGAAUGAUGGACAACGUGUCGAGCAGCAAAGGUGACUCGCAAAGCUCAGCCCAGCUGCAGCAUGAGAGUCCUAGCCAACACCACCAAGGCGCUUUGGCCGCUCAAGGCGAUUUCUCGCCCGACAUUUCUAUGACGGCCCGAUCCAUGUCGCCAUCUGACAGCAGCAUUGCCUCGACGGCUCCUUCAAACGUCUUCGCUCGCUCUCGUCAUUCGCUUCGAUCUCCCCGCACGUCAGACUCUACCACCAAUCGCACAAUUGGCGACUCCUCCUUUGAUACAUCGAUCGAUAGCGCCACGUCUUCCGCCUUGGCCGCGACGACGACAUCGAACUCGACAUCAGUCAGCCGGGCUUCUUCAACAUCGGACGAGCUAACGUCUCAGUCCAUGUCCUGGACCUCUUCCUCGCAGCUGACGUCGGCCAGCCAGCACAAACGGACGUCUUCGAGCGUUAGCUCUCGUUCAGCUGCCACAAAGUCUGUCCGAGGCAAGUCACGACUGCGGAACAUUGAUCGCAAACGCAUCUGUCAGUAUGCCAUGGAGCACCCAGAGCUCAAGCAGGAGGAGCUGGCCAAGCACUUUGGUAUCGAGAGAAGCACGGUGUCCAAGACGCUCAAGAACAAAGAGAGCUGGAUGACCAUCCCAGAGGAAGGUUCCGGCGCGCUCAUUGUCAAGCACCGUACGGGCAAAUUUCCCGAGAUUGAGUCAGAACUGGCCGCCUGGGCGAUUGAAGAGACUAAGCGUGGCAAUAUCCUCCUCGAUUACACCAUCAAGAAUCGAGCGCUGGAGAUUGCAAGGCUAAAUGGACUCGGUAUUGGCGAAUUCAAGGCGUCUGUCGGCUGGAUUGACAAGUUCAGGGACCGCAACAAGAUCCCAAAGACGGUGGCAGACCUGAACAACAUGAGCAGCCACUUUGAGAACUUGCCACAUCUGAUGCCGCAUGCGAGGACCGACUCUAGGUCAGGAGAUCUGGCGGCCAUGCAGUCUCAGCAGCAGCAGCAGCAGCAGCAGCAGCAACAUCGACAAGACUUGGAGAGGGGAGGCUUUGCGUUGGACGACAUGACGAGUAUGGUGCUACGGCAGGACUCCUUGCAGCAGCCACAUGGCCAGACGACCGCAAUGCAGACCACCAUGGGUUCAGAGGCGUCCGAUGAAGUUCACCAGAUGCCCAUCUUUUCCUCUUCGCCUGGCGUCUCGCGGUCUCGGCCUGGCUCCAAAGGUGCAAUGUCCAGGACUAGGUCGACAAGCGACAUUGUGCAUAAUCAUUCUCGUGCUAUGAGUGAUGCGUCGAGCCACGAAGCUAGCAGCCACUCUCAAGCAACUCCAAAAGCUUCCAAACGCCAUUACGACUCAAUCCUUGGCGGACAACAGCAGCAGCAGCAGCAUCAAGACCAUCAGAUGCAGCAGCCACAACAUCCAAUGACAACGCCGGCUUUUCGUAAUGCAAGUGACAAGCUUCAAGCCGUUUUGGAGCAGUCGCCAGGCCUGCGACAACUUAUUCAGGAUCCGAGUGCUUCUUCAAUUGCAGCUUCGUCUUCUGCGCCGCACGGAUGGAUUGAUGGCAACGAAGACAAUCCUGAUUCGUCCUUCUCCACCUCCAAGCGCCGCCGUGGCGACGGGAAGAGCUCCGAGCUGCAAGGAGCAGCGAUCAGGCGGACGAGGAGUGAGGAGCAGAAUCAUGCUCAUCAUGAUUCUUUGACUUCUUCGUCGGUCGAUCCUAAUGUUGCUGCGGCGGCUAUGGCAGCAGCGCACGAAGUUCGGCGGAGCGACGUGCGACGAUCUCAAAGAACGUUGCGUGCCUCACCGAGGCAAGGUCCAGCACGAGAGCAAGGCGUCAGCGACCCGCCUUCGAUGCUCGUCGAUUCGACAGCGGAGAUGCGCCAGAACUCGCCCCUUUCGCGCCCCGCGCCGUCUUUCCACAGCAGCCCACGGCGCAGUGGCUAUGGGGGAGGCGCCAUGAGCGGAAUAUUUGGUCGCCAUCGCGAACGCACCUCGUCUUCGUCGAAUGCGGCUUCUCCCGGUGCUCACGCCCAGGGCGGUGACGAUGGAUGUGCAGAGGAACGUGUCAUCAGUCUCGAUGAAGCGAGGGACAGCCUCGAUUGCGUGUUGAGCUUCCUCGCAAGCUCUGACGCUGUCUUGAGCCCAUCCGACUACUUUAUGCUCGGUAACCUCCAGGGUAUGCUCAACUCCCUCGCUAACGACCGCGGCUCGAAUAGCAACAGCAACAUCAACAGGGCGAGGCUUGAACAGAUGGUGACGGGUAGUCUCUCGUCCAUCGAUCGACGGGCCGACUUCCAGCGAUCUCCAUAA